CUGUCGCUGCCGCCCGCCCCUACAUAAGGCGCCGCUCGGCCGGGCCGGCCCCGUCGGACACCGGAGAACAGCAGAGCUGCCGGCGGGCGGCGAGGCGGGCGCUGCGGGAUGCGCUCCCGCCGCCGCGGAGGCGCCGGGCAGCCCCCCUGGCCCGUGCCCAGGAUGCUGGUGCUGUGCCUGCUGUCCCUGGUCUGGCUCAGCGAGGGCUCUCAGCGCAGUGAACCCAUGUUCACAGCCGUCACCCACCGCCUCCUCCCACCCGACUAUGACAACAACCCAACGCAGCUCAACUAUGGUGUGGCCAUCACUGACCUGGAUGCUGAUGGUGACUUUGAGAUCGUGGUGGCAGGGUACAAUGGCCCCAACCUGGUGCUCAAGUACGACAAGGCACAUGGGCGGCUGGUGAACGUGGCAGAGGAUGAACCGGGCUCCCCGUACUAUGCAUUGCGGGACCGGCAGGGCAAUGCCAUUGGUGUGACAGCCUGUGACAUUGACGGGGACGGCCACGAGGAGAUCUACUUCCUCAAUACCAACAAUGCCUUCUCCGGCAUGGCCACCUACACAGACAAGCUCUUCAAGCUGCGUAAUGGGCGCUGGGAGGACCUCCUGAGCGACGAGGUGAACCGGGACGUGGCCAGCCGCUUCGCUGGGCGCUCCGUUGCCUGUGUGGACCGGACGGGCUCCGGCAGGUACUCCAUCUACAUCGCCAACUACGCCAGUGGCAACGUGGGCCCCCAUGCCCUGAUCGAGAUGGACGUGGCUGCCAGUGACCCUGCCCGUGGCAUCGUGGUGCUGGUGGACGUGGCUGUCCAGGCUGGUGUCAGCAAGUACACAGGAGGCCGUGGGGUGGCUGUGGGUCCCAUCCUGAGUGACAGCGCCUCAGACAUAUUCUGCGGUAAUGAGAACAGCCCCAAUUUCCUCUUCCACAACCAGGGAGAUGGGACAUACCGAGAUGUGGCAGCUGCUGUGGGGCUGGAUGACCCCUACCAGCACGGACGUGGCGUGGCACUGGCUGACUUCAACCGUGAUGGCCGGCUGGACAUUGUCUAUGGAAACUGGAAUGGGCCGCACCGCCUCUACCUGCAGAGCGGGGCUCCUGGACGUGUCCGAUUCCGGGACAUUGCCACCCCCAAGUUCUCCAUGCCGUCCCCUGUCCGCACAGUCAUCACAGCCGACUUUGACAACGACCAGGAGCUGGAGGUUUUCUUCAACAACAUCGCCUACCGCGGCUCCUCUGCCAACCGCCUCUUCCGGCUCAUCCGCAGGGAGCACUCAGACCCCAUUGUGGAAGAGCUGAACCCAGGGGAUGCACUGGAGCCUGAGGGACGGGGCACAGGGGGUGCAGUGACAGACUUUGAUGGUGAUGGGAUGCUGGACCUGAUCCUGUCCCAUGGCGAAUCCACGGCACAGCCCAUCUCCAUCUUCAAGGGCAUCCAGGGCACCAGCAACAACUGGCUGCGUGUCAUCCCCCGCACCCGCUUUGGGGCCUUUGCACGGGGGGCCAAAGUGGUGCUGUUCACACGGCGCAGCGGGGCCCACCUGCGAAUCAUCGAUGGGGGAUCGGGGUACCUCUGCGAGAUGGAGCCGGUGGCGCACUUCGGACUGGCUGGCACCCAAGCCUGCAGGGAUGUCCCUGUCUGCUGGCAGGGCAACCCGUCAUCCCCACGUGCAACCCUUGGGCUGACACCCCUGUGUGGGGCUGUUGGCAUGGGCAUCUGUAUCCCAGCUUGGAAAGCAAGAGGAGGGCAAGAUGAAGCCAGCAGUUUGGAGGUGACCUGGCCGGAUGGCCGUGUGGUGGUGAGAUCUGUGGCCAGCAGUGAGAUCAACUCUGUCCUGGAGGUUCCCUACCCCCUGGACAUGGAGGAGCCACUCAUGCCUGCUCUGCUGGAGUGCGGGCAGGGAUUCUCCCAGCACGAGAAUGGACGCUGUGUAGACACAGAUGAGUGCACUGAGUUCCCCUUUGUCUGCCCCCGUGACAAGCCGGUCUGCAUGAACACCUACGGCGGAUAUCGCUGCCGCAGCAACAAACGCUGUGGCCGGGGCUACGAGCCCAACGAGGAUGGCACAGCAUGCGUGGACAUCGACGAGUGUGCCCAGGGCUUGCACAAUUGCAGCCAGCUCUGCACCAACACCCCUGGGGCCUACGCCUGCCACUGCCACCCAGGCUUCCACCCCCUUGAUCCCGCUGCCAGCCAGUGCCUGGCCCUGGUCCCAGCCAGCCCAAAACAUGGGGACAGGAUGGACGGACUGUGCCUGUGCCAGAGUUGACAGAACGGGGAGGCAUCUGCCACGCAGCAGCCUUGACAUAGAUGAGUGCCAGGCAAGGCCCAGCCCCUGCGACCAUAUCUGCCACAACAGUCACGGCUCCUUUCACUGCCACUGCUACCACCACUUUUCCCUGGGCGCAGGUGGGCGCUGCAGGCACAACUAACCUGCCCUGGCAUGCCUGGGUGCCCCCUACUCACCCCCAGCCCUGUAUCAGUUGUGCCCAGUGCGACUGAAUAAACCCUUUCCUGCACUGGU